AUGACGGACAAGAAGUAUCUGAAGACCCAUAUAGACCAUCAUUCGUUAGGGACCGCAGUCACUGGUACAGCUGGGUCGACACAUGAUGUGCCUGCCAGAGUCAGGGAUGUGAUUGAAACAAUAAGAAAGGAUGGCGACAUCGCUGUUCGAAAGUAUUCAGAGAAAUUUGACAAAUGGUCGCCUCGUGCAUUCAGGCUCUCGAAAAGUGAGAUUGAUAAGGCAAUUGCUGCAUGCCCGAAGCAGACCAUCGAAGAUAUCAAAAACGUCCAAAGAAAUGUUCGAGCCUUUGCAGAAGCACAGCGGAAAUCUAUCACAGACUUCGAACUUGAAAAUGCCUCCCGGUUGCUGUCGGAUGCUUCAGCUCACAUGACGAUUGUCACUGCCAAGGUUGCCGGUGUACAGACUGUAGUGGGGUGCACUCCCCCAAUCCUGGGCAAGAUUCCCAAUGUAACAGUGGCUGCUAUGUACUAUGCCGGAGCCGAUGAGAUCUGGGUCCUCGGAGGCGUCCAGGCUGUUACUGCCAUGGUGUGCGGUACGGGGACGAUGCCAAAAGUUUACUUCAUCGCCGGUCCCAGUAAUGCCUUUGUAGCAGAAGCAAAGCGUCAGCUGUUCGGUGAAGUUGGUAUCGAUAUCUUUGCUGGACCAACCGAAGUUCUAGUCAUAGCUGACGAGCACGCGGAUCCUUUCACGGUGGCCACAGACUUGCUCUCUCAGGCGGAGCACGGACCCGACACUCCUGCGGUGCUUAUUACGACGUCAGAGAAGUUGCUCGAAAUCCCACCGACAGCCGCUUUGGCCGGCACGUCAUGGAAGACUUUUGGCGAGGCUAUCGUUGUGCCUACAUUUGAGGAGGCGUUCAAGCUUGCCAAUGAGUACGCUAGCGAGCACGUCCGGACUCUUAUACGGCAUCCAAGAGAGGCAUUGGAGAAGAUGCAGAACUCCGGCGCCCUCUUCCUCGGUGAAAAGACUUGCGUCUCGUACGGUGACAAGGCAGCGAAAUAUACGGGUGGAUUAUGGGUCGGUAAGUAUCUUCGAACCGUGACUUACCAAGAAGUCACUUCGGAGAGCGCCAGCGGUGAGUUAGGUAGGUUGUGCGGACGAUCAGCUCGAGCCGAAAAUUUCGAAGGUCAUGCAAGGAGUGGAGAUCUGAGAGCGCACAAGUACCUUCGAGAUGACUUGGAAUGGAUCAAUCAGGGCUCGCAGAGCGCGUCGAAGUUAUAG